UGAGGUCGGUGUGGGGACUCCAAUGUCAAACCCAGUCCUGGAUGGUACCUCGGAACCGAAUCGAACCAACCCAUCCUCAUUUUAAGUAUACAAGAAACGAGGUCAGAUUCAGCGACCUCUCUCUCAGUCUCUCUAGCGAUGGCUCUGAAGUUUUUGAACAAGAAGGGAUGGCACACGGGGAGCCUCCGGAACAUAGAGAACGUCUGGAAGGCGGAGCAGAAGCACGAAGCUGAGCAGAAGAAGUUGGAGGAGCUCCGCAAGCAGAUCCAGGAAGAGAGAGAGCGCUCUGAGUUCCGCGUCCUGCAAGAACAGGCCGGCCUCGUCCCGAAGCAAGAGCGGUUGGAUUUUCUGUAUGAAUCGGGAUUGGCAGUGGGAAAGGGCAGUUCUGAUGGAUUCAAGGCGCUUGAAGUGUUUCCUAAAUCAGAAACUGAUGCAACUUCAUCCUCCUCCAAGCAACAGACAUGUGUCCCAGGAGCUCUUUUUGAGGAGAAGCCUCAAUCUGCGAAUGAUGCUUGGAGGAAACUUCACUCUGAUCCGUUGCUUCUAAUUCGGCAGCAAGAGCAAGAGGCCCUUGCUCGAAUUAAGAACAAUCCCAUCCAAAUGGCUAUGAUUCGCAAAUCUGUAGAAGAGGUAAAUAAAGAAAAUAAGAAACACAAAGAAGACAAGCAUACAAGAAAGAAGCACAAAAAGAAGCAUCACUUUGAGAAGUCAAAACAUGGGAAACACUCAUUGUCCAAUGACCAAUUGAGGUCGAAUGAAAAGGAAGAAAAAAUUGAGAGGAGUCGCAACAAAAGGCAUGAGAAAAACUCACCUGAUGGCUGGUCAGAUUCAGAAGCUGACACAAGGGAAGAAAGAGGAAAAAAGCGUCACCACAAGGAUUCAAAGCACAGGGACCAUUCAUCCAAAGGCCAGUCAGAUUCAGAAGGUUUCUCAAGUGAUGGAGAAGAAACAAGGAAGGGGGGUCAUUCCAAGUCAAAGCAUGGGAAGCAUCCACCUGAAGGAGGUUUGGUUUCUAAAGAUGCCAAGGAACAUACAAGGAACUGGCGAACAAGUAAUCAUGGUCGUCACAAUCCCAUCCAGCGGUCAGAUACCAAUUAUACCCGAAGUGAUGCAUCUAAAACUGAACCCUGGCAGGGUUCCUACAGGAAGAAUCGGCAGGCUGCACCAAAACUCUCAGAAGAAGAGAGAGCUCUGAGGUUACGGGAGAUGCAAAUGGACGCUGAGCUCUAUGAGGAGCAAAGAUGGAAGCGGCUGAAGAAGGCCUCAGAGGAUGAUGCACGUGAAGAAAGGCAGGCCGGUGCGUCUGGUGGCAGGUAUUUUUUAGAUGCUGCUCAAAAGGAUGUAUAUGGUGCUGACAAGGGAGGCAGCUUCACAAUUGAGGAGAGCGUUCGUCGACGAACAUAUUACCUGCAGAGGCAAUCGGAUGUAAGUGAAAGAAAUGCUUUCCGGCGUUAAGUGCACCUGGGAGUAAUGUAUUUUAUUCUUGUUGUGUGUGAUUUUUUUUCCCCUUACUGUCGUCCGCUAUAUGCGCUUCUCACUUGACAGACCUUAGUUGCAGUCCAGUUCUGUAUUAUAUUCAGAAUGAUCACUGAAAGCUUCAUAGUUCAUAACUUCAUAUAACCAAAUCUUCUGAAUAUUUUGACAAGACUAA